CCUCUCGUAUGUCAAGCUUGCUUCUAAAAUUUCGGUUCUUUCACGUCUACGCGUUGUGAAUGAUAGGUAGCAUUUUAGCAUUUUUAUCAUUGUUUUCAAGAAUUAUGGCUGAGGCACGCGAGAGAACUUUCAUUAUGGUCAAGCCUGAUGGCGUCCAAAGAGGUCUCGUAGGAAAAAUCAUAAAAAGAUUCGAAGCGAAAGGAUUCAAAUUGGUAGCUUUAAAAUUCGUGUGGCCAAGUGAAGAUUUGCUGAGGAAGCACUACGCCGAUUUGUCAACGAAACCCUUCUUCCCCUCUUUGAUUAAUUAUAUGAGCAGUGGGCCUGUUGUACCUAUGGUAUGGGAGGGUUUGAAUGUAGUGAAAACUGGAAGAGUACUUCUUGGUGCUACUAACCCUGCCGACAGUGCCCCUGGAACUAUAAGAGGAGACCUUUGCAUUCAAACUGGUAGGAACAUAAUUCAUGGAUCAGAUGCCGUUGAAUCAGCUAAAAAAGAAAUCGACUUGUGGUUCACUGAAAAAGAAGUGAUUGAUUGGAAACCAGCUGCAGAAUCUUGGGUAUAUGAAAAUUAAUUGAAUAAUUUAACUUAUGUAUAUUCAGAACUAAUUUUAAUGAAAUACUCUAAAACAAA